GGUAUUAGCAUGAGGAUGAGGGGGUGGUACGGACCAGGGCAUCCUGGCCGCUGCAUUUUUCUCUUAUUCAUGGCGAGCAACAACAAAAAGGGUACAUUUUUAUUCUGAUGAGAAAUGAACUGAACUUUUAUGAUAGCGAAUUGCCUGAAUACACAUACAGGCCUGGCGUUUUUUACUGCUCUGUGAGUAGGGGUGGGUUUAUUUCGAUGCUAUUAUACCAUGUUAUAUUACUAUACUUUGAAUACUAUCACCGUGCUUUGAUUAACCGAAACAACAUCUUCUUUGGCAUAUUUGUGAUUAAACCUAUGUGACUGUGUCUACUCAUAUUGAUCGAUAGGAGCAUUUGAUGUAAGGACACGUAUUAAUGGGUAUAAGCAAGGAUACUUCCAUGUUGCUACUGUAU